AUGGCGAACACAGCACAUUUGAUGAGGCGACAGAGCUCGCGGGACCUGUACGCACAGCGCUCAAUAGAUAGGAUGGAGAUGAAAGAGCUGCGAGGGCGACUGGUGACGAUGGAGAAUGGGCACCCGUCCCACCGCACACACGUCAUGUACGGUGCCACUAAUGAGGCUUUCGAGGACACCAGCCCCAACAGGCGGUCCUCAGAGACGCCGACUAGCAAGGCGAGCUCCGUGGAGGACCGAGGUGGAGUGAAGCCCGAAGGUGGUGGAGUCGAGAGAGAGUCGUGGGACAGCAAGCUCACUUUUCUGUUAGCCACCGUGGGGUAUGCCGUGGGAUUAGGUAACGUUUGGAGGUUUCCAUACCUAGCACAAAAGAAUGGCGGGGGAGCAUUUUUGAUUCCAUACUUCGUGAUGUUAGCGAUUGAGGGGAUACCGAUAUUUUAUUUGGAGUUGGCGAUCGGGCAGCGCCUGCGGAAAGGAGCCAUAGGUGUGUGGCACCAGGUGUCUCCUUACUUGGGUGGGAUCGGGAUCAGUUCGGCGGUGGUCUCGUUUAAUGUAGCGCUGUACUACAACUCUAUCAUCGCCUGGUGUCUGUUCUACUUCGCGCAAAGCUUCCAGGCAGAACUGCCGUGGGCCGAGUGCCCGAAGAAGUACUUCGCUAAUGGAUCAUAUACUGCUGAGCCUGAAUGUGCAGUCAGCAGUCCGACACAAUAUUUCUGGUACCGCACCACUCUACAAAUAUCAGAAGAUAUCAACUACCCUGAAACGUUCAACUAUAAAAUAGCCCUAGCCCUAGUCAUAGCCUGGAUCCUAGUCUACAUGUGUAUGAUCAAAGGCAUCGCCUCCUCGGGCAAGGUCGUCUACGUCACAGCAACCUUCCCAUACAUCGUCCUCGUCAUAUUCUUCUUCAGAGGCAUCACUCUUAAAGGCAUGAGCGAUGGAUAAUCCACCUAUUCACACCAAAGUGGCACAGAAUUUUAGACCCUGUUGUGUGGCUAGAAGCUGGCACACAAAUAUUCUUUUCGCUUGGCUUAGCCUUCGGGGGCUUAAUAGCGUUCUCAUCCUACAAUCCUGUUGAUAACAACUGUUACAGAGAUGCCAUUAUGGUCUCUAUGACUAAUUGCUUAACGUCGAUGUUUGCUGGCAUCGUAGUGUUUUCAAUCAUUGGGUUUAAGGCUACGAUGGUGUACGAAAAGUGUUUGGACGUGAGGAAUGAGACCUUGCUGGAGGUAUUUGGACCGGCCUUUAGGUCUAUGGUGCUGCCUGAAGCUGGGCAGAUGGUGAAAGUAGACAUCAAUGGGAACCUUACGUCUCUGGUGAUGCCACAGCUACCGGAGUGUGACUUACAGAAGGAAUUGGACAACACGGCUUCUGGCACCGGCCUUGCCUUCAUCAUCUUCACGGAAGCCAUCAACCAGUUCCCCGGAGCUCAGUUCUGGUCCGUCCUCUUCUUCCUGAUGCUGUUCACAUUAGGAAUAGACUCCCAAUUCGGGACCCUUGAAGGCGUAGUGACUUCUAUUGUGGACAUGAAGUUGUUCCCUAAUUUGAGAAAGGAGUAUUUAACAGGGGGCCUGUGUCUUCUCUGCUGUUUAUUGUCCAUGGGUUUCGCCCAUGGCUCCGGAAGCUACAUAUUCUUACUAUUUGACAUGUACAGCGGGAAUUUUCCAUUGCUGAUCAUCGCCUUCUUUGAGUGUGUGGGGAUUGCCUACGUGUAUGGGGUUAAAAGGUUUGCGGAUGACAUUCAGCUAAUGACAGGCACACGACCGGGGAUCUACUGGUUGAUAUGUUGGAAGUACCUGUCUCCUCUAGCGAUGCUGUCCAUAUUAAUAUCCUCAUUUGUGGAGCUGGCUACUGAAGGUUCUGGAUAUGACGCCUGGAUCAAGUCUGCUGGAGACACAGAGAGGAAGACCUGGCCUGUAUGGGCUGUUCUGCUCGUCCUUGUGUUGGUCCUGGCGUCCGUCUUGUGGAUACCUGUCGUUGCUAUUGCCAGAUACUUCGGCGUUCCCAUAAUAGACGACGAGGAACGCGCGUGGUUUCCCGCUGAGGAGUUACGGGACUUCCAUGGCAUUGAGCCAAGACCUGUCUCCACGACAGAAACUCUGUUGUUCUGCACAAGACCUGAUGGCUCCGAAGGUUGCUGCUGGCCUGGAUGCUGUGAUACCGACGAUGAGGAGUAG